CCGACUCCGUGAAGUACGACGCAAUCAACAUCACGAGCCUUUAAAAGGAGACUUCACAACUCUUUUCGACGUUCCUUCUUGCUCGAAUUCCAUUCUUACAUUCUUUCUGCAGCUAGGCUCUCCAUUUGUGUUGUUUAGGUCAACACCGGCUUCAUGUUCCAGCAAUGAGCAUCUUCUCCUAUGUCAGGAGCAUUUACGCUCUAGACACGAUCGAUACUCGAUUUACCAGCUCCUCUUCGACCCCAUAUCGAGCCACAAUCGACGCCCGUAACGAGUUUCCCAAUGCGUAUUCCAAGAGGGAUGAUUCAGUGCCAGGGGCUGGAGUCAAAACAGACUACAGUGGCAGGCCAAUUGCCCAACCUUCGAAAUGGAAGACGCCCGAAUUUUACUUCUAUUAUGUUGUUUUUAUAAUCACUGUACCGUACAUGUUCUGGGUAGCGUACGAUGUAUCUAGACCGUCUGACCCAAACUACCACAAAUACGAACACCUAUUAUCUCCUGGCUGGGUACCAGGUCGCAAAAUCGAUGUGUCUGAUCAUCAGUACCACGAUUUUCGAGGCAAUAUCCCCUAUCUCGCCAUACUCCUCACCUUCCACCCCAUCCUCCGAAAGAUAUACAAUUCUCUGCGGGCCCAACCGACUCGAAACGGCUCUCCCAGGCAGAAUGGCGGCACUACAUAUGUUUCUGCAGCAGAUGCGGAAGCAAGGCUUGAGUUGAGGGCAUCCUUCGAUUUUGGCUUUGCUAUGAUAUUCUUAACUACCCUACAUGGAUUUUCUGCCGUCAAAGUGAUCAUCAUUCUAUAUGGUAAUUACUGUGUGGCCACACGUCUGCCAAGAGCUUGGGUUCCUUGGGCGACUUGGAUUUUCAACAUCUCGAUUCUUUUUGCAAAUGAGCUUGCUGGAGGAUAUAAGUUUGCUAAGAUGGUAGAGUACUUCUCUCCGCUCGAGGCUGGCUCUGUGGGAUCUAUGUGGCAUACUUGGGGAGCAUGGCUUGAUAGCUACGGCGGCAUAAUGUCCAGAUGGGAGGUUUUAUUCAACCUCACAGUAUUGAGGCUCAUCAGUUUCAACAUGGAUUAUUACUGGAGUCUCAACAUGAGAAGCGGGAGUCCGAUCGAGAAGAAGCAACUCGACCCUGCAAACCUCUCCGAACGAGACAGAGUCUCAAUACCCGCCGCUGCAAAAGAUUACAGCUUUAGGAACUACAUCGCCUAUGCCAUUUACGCCCCUCUCUACCUCACGGGCCCGAUCAUAACUUUCAACGACUACAUCUCCCAACUCAAGUACCCACCAGCGAGCAUCGAGAAUUCCCGAACAAUCAAAUAUGCAAUUCGAUUCCUCCUCUGUCUCCUCGCAAUGGAGCUGGUGUUACACUUUGAUUACUGCGUAGCAAUAUCAAAAGGCGACCCGAAUUGGUCGGACUACACACCCGCACAACUUUCACUCCUCUCAUACUUCAACCUGCACGUCCUCUGGCUGAAGCUCCUCCUGCCCUGGCGAUUCUUCCGUCUCUGGUCCCUAAUAGACGGCAUCGAUCCCCCAGAGAACAUGCUCCGCUGCCUUUCAGACAAUCCCUCCACAGUCCGAUUUUGGCGCAGCUGGCACAAGAGCUUCAACCGCUGGAUAAUCCGCUACUUAUACGUUCCCCUCGGAGGCUCCCACGGAAACGACUGGAUUUCCAAGGCUAGAACUAUCCUGAACUUUGGGGUGGUGUUCACGUUCGUUGCUUUGUGGCAUGAUAUUAGUCUCAAUCUCCUUAUAUGGGGGUGGCUGAUUGUGCUGUUCAUGAUGCCGGAAGUUCUGGCUGGGAUGUUGUUCCCGAGGAAGAAGUGGGAGAAUCAUCUCACGGCUUACAGAGUGCUGUGUGGGAUUGGGGUUGUGGGGAACUUGAUGAUGAUGAUGAUUGCUAAUCUGGUUGGGUUUGCGGUUGGUGUUGAUGGAUUGAAAAGCAUCAUUCAUGGCAUUUUCAGAGAUUAUUCGGGGCUCGCGUUCUUGGUCACAGCAUCAUCAGUCUUGUUCGUGGGCAUUCAAGUCAUGUUCGAAGUUCGCGAGGCCGAGAUGAGAAAGGGAAUUUUCUUGAAGUGCUAAAAUAACUCAAGGCACGAAAUAACUACAAAGACCAAAUCAAACCCCAAAUUUCCUCCACUGACAUUGAGACUUUUGAAGGGCUCUUUGUGUUAAUAGCUCUUCGACUUGUUGAAUAGUCCAGAUGAAACUCCGCGCAAAUACCGCACAAAGGAAAAUAAGGAGAUUUUCGAUCGGUAGACAUGUUGAAUUGUCCUGUCUCGGGACUCGUUGAGAAGUCCCAUCCGCCGUUAUCGUCCAGAGAGAUAGCGGGGAGGGCAGAGACCAAAAGACUACAUAAAAAAAAUUUAAAAAAAUUGUUAAAACUUCUAUUAUAUUGAACAAUAAAUAUUUAGCC